AGUGAUAGAGCAGGGAACCAGCCCAGCCCAGCCCAAAACCCUUUCCUCCGCCACCGCCUCCGUUCUCAGUCGAUGCGGCGGCUACCACUACGACUCCUGCGCUCCGCCGCCUCCUUCUACCCCUUCCGCGGCCCCGCCAUAUCCCGCGGCGGCUGGAUCGCCCCUCCUUUACCGCAUCCGGCGGCGGCUGCCGCGCCGGCUGGCCUCCCCCUGUGGCCGCCGCGGAGGGGUUACUCCCAGUUUGCGAGCGGAUUCACCCCCCUGCAGCCUAAGUCCCUGCCUCCUUUCGUGUUAAACAUUGAGGAGAUCCCCUCUGAUGGACGUCGUAGAUAAGCAUCAAAAUUUGAUAUUCUGCUGUGUAUGCUUGUAUCAUUUGGGAAGAGGCCAUAUAGGUGCAUGUAUGAAAGCAAAGCUUUACCAUUUCUUGGAACAACGAUCAGCUACAUGCUACCACUUUGUUAUUCCUUUAUGGAGGGGAAGUGGAUACACCACUAUGCUUAUGCAAGUCCAGAUGCCAUACAUGAUCUUCACAGGACUUAAAGACUAUAAAGCAAGAGGCACUCGAGCAAGCCUUUACUAUACAGUCACUCAUUAUACAGAGUUCGCAGAGACCAAGGACAUGGUGCUUAUCCGUGGAGAUGUUUUCACCAGCAAACUAACUGAUUCAGAGGCAAAGUGUCUUCUAGAGACCGCUCACUCGUUCUACCUGAACGAUGUGAGGUACAAACUUGUAGAACGCUUCAACAAAGUGACACACGAGUUUGAGUUCAAAGAUGUCUUUCAAGUGCUUGACAUGCCAACCAUGUGACCAAGUUUUUUUCCCAACGGCCAAUAUUCCUGGAGCACAUUGCUUUCUUGUAGUGUCAUGAUCAUCAAAGUAAGUAAGAUCAAGGCACUGGAUGUCACUCCUGACUUCACUGACCCAUCAUUCCGUGUGGGUUUUGUCGCAUGGAUGAUGUCAUCAGAAGAUUUUGGGGUUGCUCUAAGCAGACGUGGUGACACACGAGUUGAGUUCAAAGAUGUCUUUCAAGUGCUUGACAUGCCAACUAUGUGACCAAGUUUAAUUCCCAACGGCCAAUAUUCCUGGAGCACAUUGCUUUCUUGUAGUGUCAUGAUCAUCAAAGUAAGUAAAAUCAAGGCACUGGAUGUCACUCCUGACUUCACUGACCGAUCAUUCCGUGUGGGUUUUGUCGCAUGGAUGAUGUCAUCAGAAGAUUUUGGGGGUUGCUCUAAGCAGACGUGGUGACCCGCGAGUUGAGUUCAAAGAUGUCUUUCAAGUGCUUGACAUGCCAACCAUGUGACCAAGUUUAAUUCCCAACGGCCAAUAUUCCUGGAGCACAUUGCUCUCUUGUAGUGUCAUGAUCAUCAAAGUAGUAAAAUCAAGGCACUGGAUGUCACUCCUGACUUCACUGACCGAUCAUUCCGUGUGGGUUUUGUCGCAUGGAUGUCAUCAGAAGAUUUUGGGGGUUGCUCUAAGCAGACGUGGACGUAAAGCGCUGGGAGAAAUUCCCCAGCAAUUUUCUGAAGUCUCUUUCUAGCCUUUUAGAUCCUUGUUGGCAUUUGCCUUGUAUGGAUAUAUGGAUCUUUAAUAAUUUGGUGGCAAAUGAAAAGGCCGGACGUGAUUUGACGUU